AUGAGUGUUGACACUUCUGAGUCAGGGACAGAUCCAAACCUUACUGGAUGUGUAGCGGAGCCUUCUCAAUCAAAUGAUUUGCUUCAAAGAGAAGAAGUUAAGAAAGUUUUGUCUUCAGAUAUCGCCAUCAAUGCCCUACUAUCCAGGUUGAAAGGUUCCCUUUUGACAUGUGAGGAGUUCACCAAAUUCAUGAGAAAAAAGUACUUGUAUGAGGAAGAGCAUGCACAGGAAAUGUCCAAAACCACCAAGCAUUUCUUCCAAGAAACUGGGAAUUCUGGGUUAUCUCGAUCCAUCCAUCAACUCUUGGAGUACGAUAACAAACUAUCGCAAGUUAAGAUAUCGUACGUUAGGGCAUUGCAAAAAAUCUAUGAUGAAGUAACAGCGUUACUGUUAACUGUAACGAAGACCAGAAAAUCCUUAAAGGAGAAAAGUAGGAGACUUGAAAAGGAUGUUUCUGAUGCGAUCCACACUGCCGAAAAAGCUAAAUCAAGGUACAUCUCUUUGUGUCAAGAUUGGGAGAAAUUGAGAUUAACUGAUCCCACUAAAACAAAAUUAACGUUAAGGGGAUCGAAAACAACGAAGGAACAAGAAGAAGAUCUUCAGCGUAAGAUAGAUAGCGCCGAUCUGGAGUAUAAACAGAGAGUAGAUCAUUCCAAUUCUUUGAGAAAUACUUUUUUGAGUAAAGAACGUCCACAGAUCGUGUCUGAGUUGAAAGAUUUGAUCUUAGAAAUCGAUACAGCAAUGUCAAUUCAGUUGCAAAAAUACACAAUUUGGACAGAAAACAUGAUUCUAAACAGCGGGGUUUCUGUAAACCCAGUAGAUGGUAACUCAAAAUCUAUGAGAAGUUCUGCAACCUCGAUGAAUAACGAAUUGGAUCUUUACAACUUCCUAAACAAAUACAACACAUCCAAAUCGGGAUCCAUGAUAAAUAAGAAUUUGAUUCCUGUUGAAUACAAAAAGCAUCCAUCAAUGGCAAGGUCAUACACAUCUAGCGCAAUGGGAACAAGCAGUAACUUUGGGAAAAUAUCUGGCCCCUCGAAUUUUGUCGUAAAUAACUCAAAAAACUCAUUGCCAAAAAGAGUCAUGUCCACUCAACAUGAGUCCCCAUUCAAUAGUUCUUCAGCAGCUGCCGCUUUGUCAUCCACAGUAUCACCUUCAGCUACCACACACCCGCCAAAUUCUGCUUCCAGUGGACCGUCUCAGAGCUCUGUGAAUGGAAAUAGCAUAACAUCAACAUCUUCAAGACCAUUGAAAUCAAUGGUCGAUGUUGUGCCACCCUCAGAAACAAACAAGAAAGACUUCCCAACUCUUGACCCACGCCCAAAUAUUCGCCAAACCAGUGUUGCACCAUCCGUUGCCACCACCGAAACUAUGACAAGGCCACCAUCAACAGUACAAACUAUUGGGUCAUUACCGCCUGGUACUGCAAAAGAUUUCAAGACAUUUGCAGUUCCCCUAGAGAAUCUUCUGGAUUACGAUCAAGAUCUUGUACCGGCUAUUGUCCGCCAAUGUAUCUACGUUAUUGACAAAUACGGUCUAAACUUGGAGGGCAUUUAUCGUAAAUCUGCAAACGUUCUUGAUGUGUCACGACUCAAAAGUGAAAUUGAUAAGGACCCAUCCAACGUCUUUAUGAUCUUACCACCGAAGAACUACACUGACUCUGAUAUUUAUCUGGUAGGUUCUUUGUUAAAAACAUUUUUUGCUAAUCUCCCUGAUACUCUUUUACCAAGAGAAAUGACCGAAGAAAUUAAAACGUGUCUAUCGAUUGAAGAUUCAACUACCAGAAAAAACUAUAUGCACGGUAUCAUCUAUAAACUACCUGAUGGUCAAUAUUGGACGAUAAGAGCAUUGAUAUUCCAUUUGAAACGUAUUUUGGAACACGAAACUAAAAACAGAAUGGGUUUAAAGGCAUUGUGCAUUAUUUGGGGACCAACCAUAAUUUCACCUAAUAAUGAAGAUUUGAAUGAUGUGAACUACCAAAUAAGUGCGAUGGAGCUCUUGUUCGAUGUGGCGGAUCAAGCAUUUGAACCUGAGUAA